AUGGAUUCAUCCAAUGCCAUUGUGACUAGCCCAGACAUGUUGGAAGAGUCUCCUCACAAUGUCGUUCAAGAAGACGCUUUAAGUUCCAAAGAAAUCAUUGAUCAAAGCCAAUCCAAUGAAGGGGUGAAUAAUCACGAGUCGAGCUUGUCAAAGUCCGUUAGGGCAAGUCCUCCUCCAAGGCUGUCAGGGUCACCCGAGAAUCCACCUCUGCCUUCACCUGUCGAUGAGGAAGAGGAGCGUGAGUAUGGCUGCAGGUACUGUGAAAAGGUCUUCUCGAGCAAGCAAGCUUUAGGCGGGCACAUGAAUGCACACAAACUCGAACGCACCAUUGAAAAAAAAAUCCUGGAUAGGCAGAUGGCGCCUAACUGUGCAUACCCUUCUCAUUUUUCUGGUUCGUUGUUCAACAGAUCUCAGAAAUUUUUCAACAGGGCUAUGAUGAACAUGCCUUAUUUUGCUCAACAGUGCACCACGCAUCGUGGAAUGAUGCGCUAUGGCCGUGCACCCCCUCCCCUCCCAGGGAUUAACGAGGGUUACCCUGGACGGCCGAUGCCUCUGCCUGGAAAUGUUACCCAGUUUAUGGCACGUCCUGGAUUUUCGUGCCUGGAAAAUCGUCCUCCAGGCAUUCAUUCUCCAAUGUCUGUUCCCAACUGGAACUUUCUAGGAGAGAUUAGCAAUUUGCAGAUGAAUGGUAGAGAAACUCGGGGUGUUCAAGAUGACUCGGGCCUCGAUUUAACUCUCAGGCUUUAA